CGCCAUACUGCUUUUGCUUGAUUACUGCGCCAUUCGAUACCCUUGGAAGUCUCGUUCAGAAUGUCGGCCGCACAACUUCUCAAUCCCAAGGCGGAAUCAAGGAGACGCGGGGAAGCUCUCCGUGUGAACAUCUCAGCAGGAGAGGGCUUGCAGCAGGUGCUUGCCUCAAAUCUGGGACCCCGCGGUACACUGAAGAUGCUUGUGGAUGGUGCUGGAGGCAUCAAGCUCACAAAAGAUGGCAGCGUCCUGUUGAAGGAAAUGCAAAUCCAAAACCCCACUGCCGUUAUGAUUGCACGAGCAGCAACCGCACAGGACGAGAUCACAGGCGAUGGCACAACCUCCGUGGUACUGUUGGUGGGAGAGCUGCUGAAGCAGGCUGAUCGUUAUAUUUCCGAGGGCCUCCACCCCAGGGUGAUUGCAGACGGUUACGACAUUGCAAAGACCGAGUCGCUAAAGUUUCUCGACGAAUUCAAACUCACAAAGGAAGUCGAUCGCGAACUCCUGCUCUCCGUCGCUCGAACAUCGCUGUCUACCAAGAUCAACAGCACGCUCGCGGAGCAACUGACGCCCGACAUUGUCGACGCCGUUCUCGCCAUCUACCAAGCGCCUGCGAAGCCCGAUCUACACAUGGUGGAGAUUAUGACUAUGCAGCACCGCACGGCUGCCGAUACACAGCUGAUUCGAGGGCUCGCGCUAGACCAUGGCGCAAGGCAUCCAGACAUGGCCAAGCGGGUAGAGAACGCGUACAUCCUGACUCUGAACGUCAGCUUAGAAUACGAAAAGUCCGAGAUCAACUCUGGCUUCUACUACUCGAGCGCGGAACAGCGGGAGAAGCUCGUCGAGAGCGAACGUCGUUUUGUUGAUGACAAGCUGAGGAAAAUCGUCGAGCUCAAGAAGGAGGUUUGCGGCAACGACCCCAGCAAGGGCUUUGUGAUAAUAAACCAGAAGGGUAUUGACCCCCUCAGUCUGGAUGUACUGGUUAAGAACGGUAUCUUUGCGCUGCGGAGAGCAAAGCGAAGGAACAUGGAACGUCUGCAGCUCGUGUGCGGCGGUACAGCGCAGAACAGUGUCGACGACCUGACACCGGAUGUCCUUGGCUGGGCAGGCUCGGUCUACGAACACCAGUUGGGCGAGGAGAAGUACACCUUCAUUGAGGACGUCAAGGAGCCAAAGUCGGUUACGCUACUGAUCAAGGGACCAAACGCGCAUACUAUUGCUCAGAUCAAAGACGCAGUUCGCGAUGGCUUGAGGAGCGUGUACAACAUGAUUGUGGACGGAAGCGUUGUGCCAGGAGGAGGAGCCUUCCAAGUUGCAUGUGCAGCUCAUUUGGAGAGCGAGCAGUUCAAGAAGACGGUCAAGGGCAAGGCGAAGUGGGGUGUUUCGGCAUUUGCUGACGCGCUGCUUGUCAUUCCCAAGACGCUGGCAGCUAACUCUGGUCACGACAUCCAAGACUCUUUGGCCGCACUGCAAGACGAGCAUGCCGAAGGAAACGUUGUAGGCCUGAAUCUCGCGACGGGAGAAGCCAUGGAUCCCAACCAAGAAGGCGUCUACGACUCGUUCCGCGUGCUGCGCAACAGCAUAGCCUCUGCUACAGGCAUCGCCUCCAACUUGUUGCUGUGCGAUGAAAUGCUCAAGGCACGACAAAUGGGACGGGCACCAGGACCCGGCGACGACCAAUAAUUUGAAUCGCAUGGAUCCCAUACAUGCAGUCCGUCGUGGCGUUGAGGUCCCAAACGCAUAGUUGGCGCUCGCUCGUAUGAGGUCAAGAUAUGUAGAAAGGCCUCGGUGUUCAAGGAUAGACUGUGUUGCAAGUAGAUAAAGAAAAUGCGACCCGAAGCGGCUCCCCCGGCCAAUGGCUUCCAUGUGCAACAAGUGUGUGACGGCCUGGGUCAUGUAUGGCCGCGUGUGCAGACGGGUGCCAUACAUUUGGUGGAUGCGGCUCUCGUUUAUGGUCUGAUGGAUGACGUACUGGAACGUGGAUACUGACACAGAUAUAUGUACCACGCUGCCCUACACACCCG